ACAACUCGCAGAUCCUUUCAACAUUAGAACAGAAUAAUUGAAUUAGUUGGAGGAAUUUAGGUGGUUUAUAGAUCGAAUAAACUGCGCAGCGCCAGGCAUACAUUCGUGAAUAAACAGGAUAUUCAUUUACGCUGUCAGAAGAACUAUCAACGAAGCCAACUAAUAAACAAUAAAAAGCUGGAAUGGAGAACAAAACCAAUGGAUCAGUGGAAGCCAAGCCUAAGGUGGAGAAUGGACAGCUGCCGGAUCCUGCUGACUGGGCGGUUACUGAUGUUGUUAACUAUUUCAAAGCUGCAGGAUUUGAAGAGCAGGCUACUGCUUUCCAGGACCAGGAAAUCGAUGGAAAGUCUUUGCUUCUGAUGACGCGGAACGAUGUCCUGACAGGCCUGUCCAUCAAACUGGGGCCAGCAUUGAAGAUCUACGAGUACCAUGUGAAGCCACUCCAGACCCAGCAUCUGAAGAGUAAUGCUAAUGCAUCAUAGCAUCACCCCAUGCUCUUCCAUGUGCAACAGGACAGUCAUCUAUGGAGGAGGGUUGAGAGGCUGGGCGGACAGACCAGGCUGAAGAUGUUUAUGGACAGCAGAAGAUGGUGCUUAGAAAACUUAUUUGCAUCCUUAUGCAAUGUCAAUGUACUUUUACUUGAAGUGAUGACCGAUACCAAAUGGUUUACGCCGUGAAAUUAAUUUACAAAAGACAUGGCAGUGAUCAUACGGUUUUUAGUUAACUGAGUGAUAUUGGUUUAUGAAAGUAAGGACUUGAUUCCUUUAUUUGAAUAAAAUUAUUUUACAGGUCUUAAAAUACACUGUACAGUUUUUUUUUUUUUUAAGUUUGUUUCAAAAUAUUCUAAUCAAGCAUGCUACUGAAGCGGAUUCAACCGAAUUGGUUAAUUUAGGAGACAGUCCUUUUCAGAUGGACGCAAAGGUGCACUAGAUGUCUGACCUGCUGAUAAAUGUCCUAACCUUGUCUUGAUAUUUUCAUUAUAUACAAACUUUUGAACACGGUUUUGAUUUCAGAAAAAAAUGCAUGGUAAUUAAUUGGAGGAAAUGUGUUUGAAGCAGUCUUAGAAUUACUGUUCCUCCGUCACUGAAUUUUUUCCCUGAUGAGCCACUAUGAAUACUAGAUGAUCAAAUCAGUAUCUUUAAGCAUCAUGUACAUCAAUGAUCUAUUUAAAGUGAUGCUACAAGCCAAAACGGGUCCCCAUUUUGUGUACUGUGUUAUGAAUUUGUGCAUAAGAUCCCAGCCUGCAUAUUUAAGCACUUGGGGGUGGGGAAUAUAGGUUAAUAAGUGUUCUUUGAUUUCCUUAUUUACCAUAUUCUUUCAUCUUAAAAUGGUGGAUUUUUUUAUUGAUAUGGAUGUUUUUAUCAAAAGUAGUAGUCUUUCCCUUUUGUAUUGUUAAGGUGCUCUGUUUGCAUUCUGUUAUGAAAUAAACUACUUGCAUCUUU